GAGAACCCUACAGCAAUAAAUUAUUCUACUAAUAGUCAUUGUUCCUUUUGCGUCACUGUUUCAUUAUAUUUUCUAUAUAUCAAUGGGAUAUUUUCUAUUAAAAUACGACGUGUUAGAAAAGUGUAUCUAAAAGGUGCACUUUGAGAACAGUUUUUCUUUUUAUCUUAGUACACUUAGUACACAGUGUUUCGUGUCUUUCUCUCUCUCCCUCAGACCAACAAACAGCAACAACAACAUCUCUCUCCCUUUCUAAUACUUAUAAUUUAUUUAAUUUUCAACGUAAAUAUAUGACAUAUAUAAGACUUAAUAUCUCAUAUUAAAAUUUAAAUUGUAUUGAAAUCAUGUUAUUUAAAUAAGAUAAAUCCAACAUCAGCUGUUCUUAGUGAUAUACUAGAAAACAACAAAUGCGGCGUUAAUCAUUAAGAACAUGCAAUUUCACUGUGAAGACGGCUUAGAGUUACUAUCAAGAUUCAGAGAGAAACCAUCUUCAAUUAACCUCGACGAAGUUUUAUUUCCCACUGGUAUCAAUAACAACAAAAUCAUAGAAAUUGUUGGAGCAUCUUCCACUGGAAAGACUUUGUUAUUAUGUCAGUUUUUGGCAAAGUGUAUAUUACCAGUGCAAUAUAAAGAAAUCAAAAUUAAUGGAUGCAAUGCCUGUGCAAUAGUAAUUGAUACACUUGGUCAGAUCCAAAUCAGUAAAAUAACUGAAUUCAUGACUUCUAUGAUACACAGUACUUAUCAAAAUAUUAGUGUAACACCACCAGUAGAAACAGUGGACUCUAUUGUGAAUAAGUCUCUGGAAAACUUAACAGUAAUCAGGUGUUGUAAUAAUGAUCAAUUCCAAAUUAUUCUAACCAUGCUGGAGAACGAGCUCCUUAGUAAUGAGAAGAUUGCUCUUCUAGCCAUAGAUAAUAUAUAUGCAUAUUAUUGGCAAGAGAGAUGGAAAAAAGAUAUUCUCAGUAUAGAUUCUUAUAUAAAAAGUUUAGUCAAACUUAUACGUACACGUACAUCUCAAUUUAGAAUUGUAACAGUGUAUACAAAAUGGGAUAGACCAAUGUCUAAAAAUGAACCAUAUACAAAAAAUUAUCACACAUUGGAAGGAGUAGAUGUUAAUUAUAAACUUCAACUUUAUAGAAAUGAAAAUUUUUCCAAAUUUAUAUGCCAUAUGAAAUCUAUGGAUGAUGUAAAAAAGAUUUGUUAUACAAUUUGUGAUUCUGGUAUAAAGUGGAUUCUUUAAUAGCACAUAAUAAAACAAUAGUUUCUAUCAAUAGUCAAUUGAAGAUAGAAGAAAUUUAUCCACUAUAUCCAAUGGGUUUAAUAGUCUUGAACCUGCUAUUGUUAUCUGACAAUUUGGUUUAAAUAUUGACAUUA